UUUUGUGUAUCUGCUCAAACAACUCCAGAAAUAUGACCACUGAUAUCAAGGUCUCGGUCAUUAUCAGUGAAUUUUUGUCAUCAUGAUGAUGAUUAUUAUGACAAUUACCUGAGCUAUUAUUAUUAUUUCUCAUGGUUUCUAUUGUUGUUACAAAUAUUGUCAUGAGGAUGAUUUUGAUUAUAACUUCAACACUGAAUUUGUUUGAAAAUAGAGUGUUAAAGUUUACCAAUUUACUUUUAUGAGUGUUGAUUAUCAACAAUUGAAUAAGUUGAUUAUAACCGUCUAGAUAUAACUAUUUUUCUAAUGAAAAGGGAUGUAAAAUAAUAAUGAAAUUGAAACUUUCUCUUUGAAAAGAAAUAGUUUUCAUUUUACUUCAAAUUAUUGGGAAAAGGAAAAGUUUUCAACAGUUACCGAAACUUAUACCGAUGUACGUUAACCGAUGUACCAAAGUGUUUUUAUCAACAAUUUACUUGGACAGAUAAUUUGUUUUGAUUAUCAUUGUAAAUCUUUAUUCGUACUAUUUGUUAUUAGAAAUAAUUUCAAUAUCUUAUCAUGAGUUGGAUCUUCUUGACAAUCUUACUGGUUCUUUUGAUAAUAAAUCCUAAUCUAAUCUAUGGCUGGAUUUGUAUUCUAGAUGAAAGUGAAUCUGAUUCGUCUUCAUCUUCAAUAUUAUCCUUAUCAUCUUCAUCCUCAUCUUCAUCGCCUAAAGUGCUCAAUGUUUUUGAUAUCAACACUUCAUCCGAAGAUGCAACUAACUCAACAUGUUGUCGGAUUAGAUUAACCAAUUCAUCCAGUGAUUAUCAAAAUAGUUUAUGUUUCACCGAGUCAAUGGAUAACUCUCAUAGAUUUAAAACACUAUUUAAAGUGUCUGGAAAAUUUUAUCCAUCCUUCAAGGAAUCACCUUUAGCUCCGGUUAAUGCUGUUUGUAUGAAAGGUGAAUUAAUUAGUUGCCAAGAAAUGACCAUUAAUCAAAUUGAUGACGACGAUAUUGUAGAUGAUCAACUAAAUGAACAUGAUAGGUCACUUCUAAAAUCGACGAAACAUCGAAGAAAAACCAUUUUCGAUAGUGAAGAUUUCACAGAAAAUGAUUCAAUCGGUACUCUGAACGACGAUAAUCUUGCCGAUAACAAUAUUAAUUCAGAUCAAUUAGAAGAUGAAAAUUACCAGGAGAUUAUAAUUGUUACCCCAUCUUCGCCUAAUUUAUCAUCGGGUAAAAAUAUUUUAAUUCAAGUUGAAUAUGUGAUAGGUGAGGAGGUUAAACUUGCCUGUUUAUUGGAAACCAAACAAUCAAAUCAAAUUAUCUGGAUUAAGGAUAAUGAUUACCUGUUAUCACCGCAAUCAAAUCAGUUGAUCAAUGAAAUUGACUAUCAAAUUAUCCACCAAUCAAUUAAUAAAUUCAUAACUUUGGACAUCUUAAAGAUAACAAUUAAUAGUGGAAAUGCAAGUGGACUUUACACUUGCUAUUCAAACAAUUUGACAACAAUCAACACUGAUCAAAUUGAUUCAAUGUCUUUUCAAGUUAUCGCAACAUCAUCUCGAGAAUACGCUGAUUACAAAUUUAAAAGGCCGAGUAUAACGGGAUUUAUAGUUGGCAUGAUUCCGUCGAUUAUGCUUUUCUUUUAUAUUAUCAUGAGCCUUGGGUACCGAUCGAGAUACGCGAUGGACCAGGAAGAGGAAGAAGAAGGAUUUGGAAUAUAAAGUCAAUUUAUUAAUAGUUUUAAUUAAACAGCCGAACAAAAAUCAAUUGUUGUUAACAAACCGAUCAAGUUUUUAAUAAUAAAAUUAUUUUUUUA